UCCCUCAACAUCCUGCAGUCCGGUCAUCAUUGUGUGAAGGUUGGUGCUACAUGUCCAAAACCCAAGCCAUCUAAAACCCUCUUCCCCCAUUUCCAUGCCCGCGCUCCCUCUUCUUUCUUCACUCUAGGAGCAACUCCGCGCAGUCCGAUGUUUUACCAACGCAUUGACAGAGACGAACCCAGACGUUGAACUAGCAGCAGUCAAUGAGGAGAUAAUUUCUCUUCAGGACGCUCAUGGCGACAUCGAGAGACGUCCAAGAGAUCAUCACCAAGCUCUCCUCGGACAAACCUAAAACGCGCGACGAAGGAAUUCGGCUCCUUAAUAGUUGGCUUGAAGGCGAGAGGUCCACUAGCUUAUGCCUGCUGCUCGCGAAGAACACAGCAAGGAUCGGACCUGAUGGAGUUCCUCAUGAAGAGUCGUGGCCAUUUCUACUCACCCUACUCACCAAGUGCAUUGCGUUGGAGAUAUCAGCGAGCAAGAAGCGCCAUCCUAAAUUGCUACUGGCAAAGACCCUACGAAUAGCUAUUCAUCGUGCUGAAGAUCCCAAGCUAUCAGUUACUAAAUUCCCUUUGCGCUCUGUCAUUAAGCUGCUAUUCAAUCACGUAUGGGAUGUUGUAAAGGAUGUUCCUACAUUUCAGUUAGAGUACAGUGGCAUCCUACGGCUCUUGUUGUCCAUAAAUGAAUACCGUUAUCAGAUGAGGCAUCGCAUUUAUGCAAGUCUACUAUUGCUAUACAUGGACAAGGUGGUAUCAACUGUAAGUAGGAAUGGUUCUCUACCUUCUACCUCUAAAGAAGAAGCAUUUCGCUGCGCUCAAACGCUUCACGCUCUUUUGGAAAACCCACCUGGUGAUUAUCCAGAUAAUAUUAGGGAGAAUGUUGUUGCAGGCUUUAUUGAGAUAUUCUCUUCCAUAAGGGAUGAAGGAAAGUACUCACGCAAGCUUAUGGAAUGCAUUAACACGUACCUGAUAAAGGAUGGUAUUAAUCUUGGAGAUCUUGCAGCAAACCUCCAUUCUACUGUACAGGAGUUUCUUUUUCGAUUUUGGCUUACAACUCAUGACCGGGGUUUGAAGGCUUGUUUCAUUCUUUAUGCUAGUAUACAAUUGAAGCUUAGCAGAUAUACUUUGGAAGAGGUUUCGUUUGCAGAACAACUUCUUGAUGUUGUUGCCAAGGAACUAGACCAAGGCACUGCCGCUUCUUAUGGGACAUCCUGGAGCGAUGCGUCAAGGGAUGAUAAGAUGGGACAUUUAGGGAAUGUUUAUCAAACUUUGAUGGAGCUCGCUGCUACAAUUUUUUACUGGUCUUGCAAAGAGACAAGAAAGAUACCUCAUCAAGAGAAAAAAUUGAAGAUGGUAGAUGCAAUGGAUCGUAUAAAAGAUGGGAUCUCGAAGGGAUCAUGGCUUUGGAAUGGCGCUCUUUGUUUUCUUACUAAUACUUAUGGUCACCGCCUUGAUAAGUGUCUACUAGUACAUUGGUUGGAAGGUGCUUCUGAAAGUUUGAAGCGGCUAUUAAAUAACCCACACAUAGUGCAUUCAUAUGAAGCUCUCUUAUGGCUUUUGAGGGCAUUGCAAGGGCUUUCUGAUAUUCUAGUUCCCUACUUUGAUGAGCAGUCACGACCUAUGCAUAUGAGUUUGGUGAAGGUGUCCAUCUUAGCUAAAACUAAUUGGAGUGCUAUAUGGACUGAUUUGAUGCUUGGAUUGCCAGCUUUCAGCAAUGUUACCCCUGUUGUUGAUGCUGCUUUGACUCUACUUGGUAAUAUGAUUUUGCAAGAGCAAGUUAGCGAUGCUCUUGUUCCUCAUGAUAUGUGGGACCUUCGAUUAUUUAAAUAUAUGUCCUCACCGUCUGCUGUGUACUUCAUCACCUGUUAUUUCUCAAUGAAAGGAGUUCAGGGUGAUCUUCGGGAUGUUUAUCAUCUCAGAAAAAAUCUACUGAAGGCAUCCUUAGAUCUGGUUAAUUUGAAGGAACCCAACUUUUUAAAUGAGCAUACAAUUUUGUUGAUUCCCGCAGUUUGUUAUUCUCUUACUGCUGGUUAUAGUCAUCUUUUACCUUUUUAUGAGAAGGUAUCCAUAUUUGCAGAAUGUCACAAGGAUGAUUCAGAUCUGGCUUUGUUAGAUGCUGAAAUGUUUGAGUGCUCAGUUGAAACUUUAAGCGUGCUGAAUAGACAUAAUCCUGUUCAGGUGCAAGGGAAGCACUAUCGUAGCAUCUGUAUUCCACGACAGAUCCGUGAGCCGUUACUACAUGAAAUGGAAGAGUACAUAUCAGGUCUUAUGAGUUCAAACAAAGAAUUUGGGAAGGAAGUUUUAGGGGACCUCAUCAACUUUUGUUCACUUUUGUGCAAUUUUGUCUACGGUUUACUUUUUUCAAGGCUAAGAGAGGAUAAAAGAGCUUAUUACAAUAAUUUGUUAAACAACACUGUGAUGCUGAUUGACCAGAUUGCUUUUUUGAUUGAUGAAAAUUGUCAAGAAGUUCGGCGUGGUGGUUCUGUUAGCUUGGGCAGCAUGUUUGAUGGCUCAUGGUCCACAUUUUUAUCAUUGCAACGUUUUUUUUCUGGUCCUCUUUUUGGGCUUUUUAAAGAUGAAAAACAAAUUGAUGCUGAGCUGCUUCUUAUCGUUCAGUCAGUUGAGAAAAUUUUGGCAGGCCUUGCUAGAUCAUUUGCUAUUUUUUCCAUUGCCGCAGUUGGCCUUAAUUCUGGAUUGGACGCACAAGCUCAUCAAUUCCCAGGUUUUCAAGAUUCCAAUUCUGCAGCCGAGAGUACAUUACGCAUCUUAGACAUGGAUCUUGACGCUGAAAAUGGUUCUAGAGAUGCAGAUUCCUUUACUUCACUUACAAGCAAUUGUUCAACCAUGUUUCACUAUCCCGUGCAGUGUAAAUUAACAUUAAUUUCUGUUAUUUCUGCUUUUUUCUCUGUAUCCCCUGUGCUUGCCUGGGAAACUUUGUCUGAAUUUCUGCGUAAAGAAGAUGAUGCUAAGGUUUCUGAGAGUAUUUUGUAUAAUCUAUGCAAGUACUUCCCUGGUUCUUCUGUUUCACUUUCUUAUCUGGUUAAUUAUUUGCAUGACAAUCUUGAGAAAACUGCAAGCACAAUACUUAGUUGUGAAAGUAUUUUAACAUGUAUCCGCAUGCUGCUCCGGACCUUGCUAUCCAGAUGUUCAACCAUCGAAAAUGCUAAUGUUGAUCAGUACUCCAAAGAUAUGGCUGUGGGAGAGAAUUUAAAUCUUCUUGGCAUUUUGGUGGGGAAAAUAGCCGAUACUGGUCUUUCUUAUUGGGUUGCCCGCAUAAACUUGAUCGAUUGCAUUUGCAGUUUUGUGUUAAUUGAACCUUGUAUUGCUCAAACAUUGAUUGGAAGACUUUUUGAAAUGCUUCAAGAUAGGGAUUACCGGGUUAGGAUCUUUCUAGCAAGAAAAGUUGGCGUUCUUUUUCAUACUUGGGAUGGCCAUAAUGAGUUAUUUCAUGAUAUUUGUUCCAAUUUUGGGGUUGAGUUGGUUAGGACGUCUAAAGAAAGAGUAGUCAAAGCCCAUGAAGUUAUAGCACUUGGUGCUCAGCCUGUUCUUGGAAUUGAGUCUGCAAUCAUCACUCUUGCUCAUCUAGCAUUUUUCAGUGAGAAAGUUGAAGUAGAGGCUGUUUUUAUGAUGUGUGUGGCUGCAGCUAUUGUUCCUUGCUUAAGAAAACUAGCUUAUGCUUUGCUUGAUAAUCUAUCGGAAGUGCUUCAAUAUGACUCGAGGGCCAAGUAUUUAGAGGAGCUGAUGGGAUCAAUAAUGGCUCGUUGGGUAGCUUGUGAAGUCAGCUUAGCAAAACUCUUAGAGGUGCAAGAGCUUUUUGUCACUAGUUCUGAACCACAAUUCUUUAUUCGAUAUUGCUGCCCUUGGCUUCUUCCUCCAUUAGUUCUUAGGCGUGAUAUUCCAAAUCUUGAAUGGCUUUCUAAGACUAUCAGCCAGUCUUUGCCCCUGCUUGCCAAAGAGUAUUUUGUGCCAAUUUUUGCUAUGUGCAUGGCAGUUUAUUGUAAUGAAAGGCCUGGUAAAGAAUUUUGCGGGGCAACUGUCAGCGAUUCAAUACUACAUGUUGCAAAAGUUUCUGAACGGGAGAGAGAUGACCUUAUAAAGCGAAAUAUGGUGUCAAUUGUAAGCUUUCUUCUAUCUCUAGCGAGUUCUUGUGGUGAUACAGAAAUGCCUUUUUUUCCAAAUGAAACAAUUAUACUCUCGGUUCAAACAGUUGUUGAUGGCUUUUUGGAAAUAAACGAUCAUCCUGGGCAUGCAUGUGUGGUGGACAAAAUCAACAUUUUUCGGCCUGAUAGAGUGUUUAAAUUUUUAUUAGAGAUGCAUUACCAAAUUUCAGCAGCCAUUCAUCCUCGUCAUAAGCGUCACACUCUUUCAUCAAUUGAGGUUCUUAUUCGGACAAUUGGACUCCGAGCUAGAGUUAGUAGCACUUCCAAUUAUAUUCUCAACAUAAUGGGACAAAAUGUUGGUAUUCAGCCUCUACAGGAUCAUUGUUGUACCGUCUUGUCUGCACUUCUUGAAGUAUUUAAAGCUGAACCUACUGCUGAAGCAAUAAAUGUUUUAGGAGAGCAGCUUCAGUUUCUUAUUUCAAAAUUGGUGGCCUGCUGCAUUCCUUCUAGAAGUCGAGGAAAUGGAUGUACUAUUCCGUCAUCACAAGUAAUAAACUUGUUGUGUCAGUUAACUGUGGAUGCCGACCCUUCAUUGUAUGUUUUCAUCAAGGAUCUGGAGCCUUUUCCUGAACUAGAUUGUUUAAGAAAAAUAAGAAUUUUUCAUGAAGACCUUUGCAAAGCUUAUUCAGCAAGAGAUCGCUUUCUAAUGUUUGUGCGUAGGAGUCCUCAUCUCCCAAGGGAACUACUCCUGUUAAGCUUGCAGAGCUUGCAUAAACGAUUGCUAAUGAACGAAAUCAUUCCACAAAAUAGUGAUGCAGUAUAUAGUGCAGAAAAUGCCAAUGGAUGGAAUAGUGAUCCGGAAAUUGUUAAUGCAGUAUGGAAUCUUGUGCAGCUGAUUGGGUCAGAUGAUGCAAAUGAUAUAAGUGGAUUGCUUGCUGAUUUUAUUUCAAGGGUAGGCAUUGGAGAACCCUAUGAGGUUGUUUUUCGUUUGCCUGAAAAUGACAAGAUGAGUCAACCUUAUGUUCCAUCUUCCCUUACUAGCUCAAAGAAAAUUGGGCUUUUUUCCGAUGUUUGCAUCACAGAUGAUCUUUUGAUAAGCCUUCUGCGUCUUUUGAACAAGGAUCUUCUUGAUAAUUCUGUUAAAAUUGUAGAUAUUGCAUCACAAACACUUCAGGCUAGAUGCACAGCCCAAAUAGUCACCUGGAUUACACUUAAUGACUGGUUUCCCAAAGUUGAAAUAACGUUGGAUGAUCCUUCAAUUUGGAGUACUGAAGCUAAAACUUAUGAAAUGUGGAUAUGUUCGGUUGUUCACAAACUUGUUGUCCAGUGUGACGAUGUCAUCUUGAGACUUUGUCAAGCGGUGGUUUUGUUGAAAGCUGAUGUUGCCGAGCUGUUGUUUCCUAGUGUGCUUGUGAAUCUAGCAUUGAAGAAUGAUUCCAGUGCCGGCAUGUGUCAGUUGAUAUCUAUGAAGGUUCAGGAGAACGUCUUUGUUGAGUCUAAUGGGUUACUUAAGACUGCCCAGGUUGUUCUGGAUGCAAUGAAUAGGCUUCGGUCAAUUUAUGUGAACGAGCAAGCUGCAUCCAGCUUUACUGCUAAGUUGCAGUCUGACAGAACAAGUGUUUCAAGGUCUCGCUAUCCAACUGAAAGGCCAAAAUUUCGCACAUCAAACAUGUCAUUGUUAAAUUCCUCAUGGAAAAAGGUGUAUUGGUUGUCACUUGAUUAUCUUUUGGUGGCUAGAGCUGCAAUUCAUUGUGGAUCAUACUUCACUGCAAUAAUGUAUGUAGAGCAUUGGUGUGAAGAGCAUUUUGAUGGCCUAAACCUGGGUUCUCCUGAUUUUUCCCAUAUGGAAGAGUUGCCCACUCAUAUUGAGCUGCUAGUUGCUGCGUUCACUCAAAUUAAUGAGCCAGAUGCAAUAUAUGGAGUAAUUCAGUACCACAAGUUGGCAUCUCAACUUAUUACGUUUGAACAUGAAGGAAAUUGGAGUAAAGCUUUAGAAUACUGUGACUUGCUAGUAAGAUCAGAAUCAGUGAGGGAAACUGGAAACUUACGUGAAAAAACAUCCAUGAAUUCCUCCCCUACCUGCCAUAUGUAUGAUGGAAGAACUAUCAAUUGGAAAUAUUGUAAAGGGUUGAUGAAAUCUCUGCAGAACAUUGGUACUAGUCAUGUGCUGGAUGUUUAUAGUCAAGGAUUGAUGGCCAAUGUUAAGCACAUUGAGCUUGAUUCUGAGUUCACAGAAUUACAGUAUGAGGCCGCUUGGCGAGCUGGAAACUGGGACUUCUCAUUUGUGUCCACUGAAUUCUCUCCUUGUUCCAGACAAUAUUCAAGGCGUGUUUGCUUCAAUGAAAGUUUGCACAGCUGCCUGAGGGCUUUACAAGAAGGGGAUUUUAAUAACUUCCAUAAGAAACUUCAGGGUUCAAAAACGGAGCUAAUGUUGUCUAUAUCAAAUGCCAGCUGGGAAGCAGCUGAGUAUAUCCAUUCAACUAUUUUUAAACUUCAGAUAUUAUAUCAUCUUGGUUUGGUCUGGGAGCUUCGUUGGAUGACAUGCUCACAAAAAGAAGUUGGUUUCCUCCAACAUGCUGAGAAGUUUCGUGGACCUUUGAUUCCUUCUAAGGCUCAGUUGGACUGGCUGAACAUCGAGUGGGGUUUCAUUCUAAGACAGGCGCAGAUGCAAAUGAAGUUAUUGGAACCUUCUAUUGCAUUUAGACACGCCAUGCUUAAAAUUUUAGAUUGCAAUGAAUUUCUGUCAGAGCAUUUACUGAAGGCCACAACCACCCUUCGCAAGGGUUCCAGAUUCUCUCUAGCGACUGCUGCUUUACAUGAAUUAAAGUCUCUCUUUUGUCAAACAGAGAACGAAACAAAACAACACACUUAUAUCAGAAUGAGGCUUGAAGAAGCUAAAAUCUUAAGAGCUCAAGGUCAAACUGGUAUGGGCAUUAAUCUUGCAAAAUAUCUUUUGCAAUAUCAUCAAAUCGAAGAUGAGGCAUCAAACAUACAUAGAUUGAUUGGGAAGUGGUUGGCAGAAACGCGAUCAAGCAACUCAAGGACUAUUUUAGAACAGUACCUAAAACAUUCUGUCGAGCUUGCUGAAGCAAGCAAGAAAAAAGAUGAUGCGUCUACAUUAAAACAAUGUCAAUGUUUAUUCCAACUAGCACAUUAUUCUGAUAGCCUUUUUAGAAGCUAUGAAGAAAGACUAGCAUCUAAUGAGUGGCAAGCUGCCCUGCGGUUGAGGAAACAUAAGACCAAAGAGUUGGAAGUACUCAUUAGAAGACUAAAGAGUUCCACAAAGGGGGAAAAGACAGAUUACUCCAUAAAAAUACAGGAGUUACAGAAACAGCUUAGCAUGGAUAGGGAAGAAGCUGAAAGGCUACAGGAUGAUAGGGACAAUUUUCUUGCCCUGGCAUUGGAGGGUUACAAACGUUGUCUUGUCAUCGGUGGCAAGUAUGAUCUAAAAGUGGUUUUUCGAAUUGUUUCUUUGUGGUUCAGUCUUUAUAUGAGGCAAAAUGUUGUACAGUCCAUGUUGAAUACAGCUAAAGAGGUUCAAUCAUACAAAUUCUUACCAUUGGUUUACCAGAUUGCUUCAAGGCUUGGUAUCUCUAAAGAAGGACAAGAUAGUUUUCAGACUGCACUGCUUGCACUGCUCUACCUUGUGAGAAAAAUGGCCAUUGAGCAUCCAUAUCACACUAUAUUUCAGAUUUUGGCUCUAGCAAAUGGGGAUCGGAUCAAAGACAAACAACGAAACAAAAAUUCUUUUGUUGUUGACAUGGAUAAGAAACUUGCAGCAGAAAAUCUGCUAGAUGAGUUAUCAUCCUCUCAUGGUUUAAUAAUUCGACAGAUGAAACAAAUGGUUGAAAUUUAUAUCAAGCUUGCUGAGCUCGAUACGAAAAAGGAGGAUAUUAAUAAAAAGGUACCUCUUCCUAGGGAGGUUCGCAGCAUUCGUCAGCUAGAGCUUGUACCAGUUGUCACGUCCAAUAUCACUGUAGACCCGACAUGCCAGUAUAAGGAAGGAAUGUUUCCAUAUUUCAAUGGCCUGGGUGAUUCUAUCAAGAUAAUGAAUGGUAUAAAUAGUCCCAAAGUGGUUGAAUGCUUUGGAUCAGAUGGUCAGAUAUAUCGCCAACUUGCAAAAUCAGGAAAUGAUGACCUCCGACAAGAUGCUGUCAUGGAACAAUUUUUUAGUUUAGUUAAUAUCUUCCUGCGAAAUCAUCGAGACACUUGGAAAAGAAGAUUAAGAAUACGGACAUACAAGGUUGUACCAUUUACUCCAAGCGCUGGGCUAGUGGAAUGGGUUGAUCGGACAGUUCCACUUGGUGAAUAUCUUCUAGGAAGUUCAAGGAAUGGUGGAGCUCAUGGACGAUAUGGAGUAGAUGAUUGGUCAUUUCUUCAAUGCAGGGAGCAUAUGACUAACGAGAAAGAUAAACGCGGGGCAUUUCUAAAAGUUUGCAAGAAUUUCAGGCCUGUCAUGCGCUACUUCUUUUUGGAAAGGUUUUUGAGGCCUGCUGAUUGGUUCGAGUGUAGAUUGGCUUACACUCGAAGUGUUGCAGCUAGCUCAAUGGUUGGCUACAUUGUUGGGCUGGGAGAUCGUCAUUCAAUGAAUAUUCUCAUUGAUCAAGCUACCGCAGAAGUAGUGCACAUUGAUCUUGGUGUGGCCUUUGAACAGGGCCUCAUGCUUAAAACACCAGAGAGGGUCCCCUUUAGACUAACAAGAGAUAUCAUAGAUGGCAUGGGAGUUACCGGAGUGGAAGGUGUUUUCAGGAGAUGCUGUGAGGAAACUCUAGCAGUCAUGAGGACAAAUAAAGAAGCAUUGUUGACAAUUAUUGAAGUUUUUAUCCAUGAUCCCCUUUAUAAAUGGGCACUCUCUCCUUUGAAAGCCUUGCAAAGACAGCAGGAACUUGAUGAUAAUUCAGAUUCGAGUUUGGAGAAUUCGGAAGAUGCGUAUGAAGGAAACAGGGAUGCAGCGCGUUCUAUAUUGCGAGUUAAGCAGAAGUUGGACGGUUAUGAAGAUGGUGAAAUGCGUAGUGUGGCUGGCCAGGUUCAGCAACUAAUUCAGGAUGCAAUAGAUACAGACCGCCUCUGCCAAAUGUUUCCAGGUUGGGGAGCUUGGUUGUAAGAGAAUAAAUCAACAUAUUUGACUUCCUCAGCCUGUAAUUGUAAAUUUUGCACGUAUAUGUACAGUCUAAUGAUUUUAUAAACCAAUAUUUAACAUUAAAAUAUAAAAAUUAUAUUAAUAGAUGCAUAGUCCAGUCUAAUGAAAGAUGUAAUUUUGUAUGGGUUGUUGUGACAGAUCAAUUAAUUAUUUAUAAACUAAUAUCAACAUUAAACUAUAAAAAAUAUUCUAAUUCAGUGUUAAUUUAAGCUUUGUAACAUUCUAGUCAAUGAAAAGAGUUGACUUAAAAAUUAAACAAAAGAGAUCAGCAGGCAGGGAUCUGGACAAGAUUGAAGUAAGAAAGCAGCAAGUA